AUGGAAGACAGCGGUCCAUCGAGGGAGAACCUUACGUGGACAUCAGAGCAAAUGGACUAUUUAGUCCAACUUCUUGUGGAGCAAUCCCGCAUCCCUGGUAUGAAAUCUGGUGGAGGAUUGAAGUCGAAAGCGUAUACAGCAAUUGAAAAAUGCAUGAUAGACAAAUUUGGUCCAGAAUUCAGUAAAAAGAAAAUAAAAAACAAAUUGAAGUACUCCAAACCAAACUUGACAGUCAUGAAAGAAAUUUUGAAUACAAGCGGGUUUGGGUAUGACCCAAUCAACAAGUGUAUUGAGGUCGACCAACAAGUAUGGAAUGACUAUAUUCAGCAAUACCCGAACAGAAAAAAGUACAGAGGUCCCAAGUUAUGGAGAUACUUUGAUGAGUUCGCCGAGGUCUUCGGCGAUUCUCAUGCCCUCAAUGAACGGAAUCGUGCCACGCAGAAUACUUUUCAGCAUUCUGGACAAACAAUAAGUAAGUAUGUCAGUUGUGUACUACGAGCAAUAUGUAUAAUGGGUAAAGAUUUUGUCAAUCGGCCCAACGAUGACGUCCCAACUAAAAUUCGGAGAUCGAAGCGAUUCAAUCCAUAUUUCCAGGUAUUUUCGAAAUUGUAA